AGAAUUACACAAACAAAUAGACAUUAUAGGUAUUGUUUUCAUAUUUUUUUUUUCGUGUUUUCUCUUUAUCUUUUAUAGUUAUAUCUUAUACAUCUAAAAAAAUAUAUUGUAGGACGCGACUACGCGAGUAGAAUUUGAAGAACUGUAGACCAAUUUGAAAUAAAAAUCUACAGCAGUAUGCCGUUGGAAUGGUUAUUUGGGCGUCGUAUGUCGCCCGAUGAGAUGUUGAGAAAGAAUCAGCGUGCUCUGAAUAAAGCAAUGCGUGAUUUGGAUCGCGAAAAAAUGAGAAUGGAACAGCAAGAAAAGAAAAUCAUUGUGGACAUCAAGAAAAUGGCUAAAGAUGGACAGAUGGAAUCGGUGAAAAUCAUGGCAAGAGAUUUAGUAAGAACAAGACGUUACCAAAAGAAAUUUAUGGUAAUGAAGGCUAAUAUACAAGCAGUAUCUUUAAAAAUACAAACACUUAAAUCACAAAACGCUAUGGGUCAAGCAAUGAAAGGCGUGACUAAAGCAAUGCAAAAUAUGAACAGGCAACUCAAUUUACCACAAAUUCAAAGGAUACUACAAGAGUUUGAAAAACAGUCUGAAGUAAUGGAUAUGAAGGAAGAAGUAAUGAAUGAUGCUAUGGAUGAUGCGAUGGAAGACGAAGGAGACGAAGAAGAAACAGAUCAAAUUGUAACACAAGUACUAGAUGAGUUAGGUCUUCAGCUUACAGAUCAAUUGUCUGGAUUGCCCUCAGCUUCUGGCUCAAUAAGUAUAGCGGCCACUGGAAAAGUACCAAUUGUGGCUCAAGAUGGCGGAGGUGGUGCUAGUGGUGGUGGUGGUGCUGCUGCUGCACAACCAAAUGAUGCUGAUGCAGACUUGCAAGCUAGAUUAGAUAAUUUAAGGCGCAAGUGAACAAUAUUUUUUGCAAAACCUAAUGCAUAUAUAAUUAUAUACCAACCUAUUUAAUUGUAAAAAUUGUUAAAUAUUAUUUUCAUUUUAUAUGCAUGAUUUUAAUAUAAAAUAUAUAUUAUAUAAAUAUAUUUUUAUCAUUAAUAAUAAUUAAUAAAUAUUAUAGAAAAUUUAAAAACAUGUAUAUUUUGGUAAUUUUAAAUUAUAUAUUUAAAACAUUAAUAUUUAAUAUAAAUGAGAUCGAAACACUACAAGCAUUUUGAACAUGAUAGUCAAAUUAUAAGUGAUUGAAAAUAAUGAUUCCAAUACAAUUGAUUAAUGUUUUAUUUAACUGUGAAUAUUAUGUAUAAUUAAUAAUUUUAUAAUUUGUUAUAAUUUAAAUUGUGUCAGCCUUUGUUCAUUUUUUACAUCAUUAAAGUUACAACCACAAAUAAUUAAGACAAAAUCACUGAUAUUCUUAAAAUUAUUUAAAUUAAACGUAAAAACAUAUUAUUCUUAAGUAGAGUAUAAUUAUGUGUAGAUUAUAGGACAAAUAUAAUAUAAUAUAAUAUUAAAACAAUAACUUGGUAUAGUAAGGUAUAAACAAUUUAAAAACAAAAUCGAUAUAUCAUAUAAUAUCAUUUAAGUAAAUAAAUGCCUGCAAUUUUGUCGCACAAAA